AUGGUUCAAGAAUUCGUGUAUACUGUUUCCAAGAAUAAGAAUAUGUCAGACGGAAUGGCUAAGGAUGCUGGUGGUAAAGUUUUUACAUUCGGUUCGUACAGACUAGGUGUAUAUGGCCCGGGAUCGGAUAUUGACACUCUAGUUGUCGUACCAAAACACGUAACAAGAGAAGAUUUCUUCUCUGUUUUCGAACAGAUCAUUCGGAAGAGGCCCGAAUUACAAGAAAUUGCAUCGGUUCCUGAUGCAUUUGUUCCAAUUAUCAAAAUUGAAUUUGAUGGUAUAUCUAUUGAUUUGAUCAUGGCACGAUUAAAUGUCCCAAGAGUUCCAUUAGAUAUGUCAUUAGACGACAAGAAUCUUCUUAGAAAUAUAGACGAGAAAGAUUUGAGGUCAUUAAAUGGAACGCGAGUUACGGAUGAGAUACUUCAACUAGUCCCAAAGCCGACUGUUUUCAAACAUGCUUUGAGAUGCAUCAAGUUGUGGGCCCAACAGCGUGCAGUGUACGGUAACGUCUUUGGGUUUCCAGGGGGGGUAGCCUGGGCCAUGCUAGUCGCGAGAAUCUGUCAAUUGUAUCCUAAUGCCGUAAGUGCUGUCAUUGUUGAGAAAUUCUUUAACAUUUAUACAAAAUGGAAUUGGCCGCAACCAGUGUUACUUAAACCUAUAGAGGAUGGACCAUUGCAAGUCAGAGUUUGGAAUCCUCGUUUGUAUCCCCAUGAUCGUCUACAUAAAAUGCCGGUGAUCACCCCUGCGUAUCCCUCUAUGUGUGCCACUCAUAAUAUUACAAGCUCUACUCAAAAGGUUAUCAUGGCAGAGCUCGCUCGUGGAGCCGAUAUCAUGAAUAUGAUCAACGCUGGCAACAAAACUUGGUCGGACCUAUUAGAGAGACAUGCAUUUUUCCAUAAAUAUAAGUUUUACUUAUGCGUGGUAGCAGGGACUGUGGGAUCUGAUGAAGAUCAAUUGAAAUGGAGUGGAUUAGUUGAAAGCAAAUUGCGUCAUUUAGUGUUGAAACUAGAAGUUACUGAAGGGAUCGAUCUUGCGCAUCCCUAUGUAAAGGAAUUUUCAGACUCGUAUGUAUUGGAUGACAAAACCCCGACAGAAAUGGUCAACGCUUAUGGUACAUUACAAGGGGAGCAGUUUUUUCAGACGGUGAAGAAGGCUGGUCUGGCCGAUAUCAAUCUGAAACGCUUGCAUUUAAUGAAAUUGUAUGUUGGUUUGGAGCUUAAGCUUUCAAAGGCACAAGAUGGUGUGAAAAAGUUAGACAUACAGCAACCUUGCUCCGAAUUCUAUACGAUGUGCAAGAGCUCUACUGCUUAUGUAGAAGGCGUAAAUUAUAUUCAGAUCAAAAAUGUUAAGUUGUUGGAUCUUCCCGAUGAUGUAUAUGUUGAGGGCGAGCAUAGGCCAAAAAGGACCAGUAAAAAGAGAAAGAAGGCUGGAGAAGUUGAUAGUCAGAAACGUCCACGAAGCACAGUUUCAACCCCACCUAUCGCGACAAAUGUGGCUACCUACGAAUGA